UAUGGUUCGGUUCAUGCCAGAAAUAGCGGGACAAGAUUUUGUCUGUCGUGGACACCCAAGAAUCUAGCAAAAUUCUGGCAUCAAACAACUCCAGAUCUGGCCAGAAAGUAACAAAAGCUCGUCUCGAAUCCUCCCAAAACCUGCCGAUUCUUCUGUAACUGAAGUUUUGGCCACUUGCCGACCUGCAGUCAUCAUCAUCAGACGAAACGCAGCUUUUUCUUCUACCAGAACAGGGCCGAUGGUACUUCGUUCGUUGCAGUCUUGCAGGAAACCUGAAGAAAUUCCCCCAAAAAGUUGUGCAGUUUCAAAAGCCAGGCGACGGCGACCGCAACAGCGGGGAAGGGCCGAGACUCGAGUCGACACGAGAGGGGGGAGAGGGAGAGGAGAAGAGACAACACGAGGCGCCGAAUCGAAUCAGGAAAGCGGAAGCUCCCCCCGCUAAUCUACUCGCGUACGCGUUGCGAACUCGAUGCGAUUGCCGCCCUUCCCAGCGCCGCGCCCCUACCCGCCUCGCUCUCCACUCCGUUCCUCUGUGAGUGUGUGCGUGUGUGUCUGUCGUUGACGAAAUCCCGCGUCCAUGUGGGAGGCUUUUGACUUGAUCCAACCAAGAACGCGCCUUUCAGCCGUAAAAUAGUAGCACCGGUUUCCAAGUCCGGUCGCGGCUUACUUUGCUUCCAUCAUUUGGUUUCCCGUUCCUGCCGCUCGCGUGCGCUUCGGCUUACCCAUUCUUGCUUCCGUCGUCUUGGGAAGGAAGGAGUAUUUGAUCUGGCUUCCGUGAGAGUUCUUGCUGCUGUUCCGGUGCUGCCGGGCUGGGAUUGGGCGGAUUGAAGAGGGAGCGGUUGGUGUCUUGCCGAUUUCUCCGGGGAAGCUACUGUUCUUCUUGAUUUCUGAUGCGGAGUCCCCCUUAGCCACUUAGGAUUUGGGAAGGAGGGAUCUUUGAUCGAUUUCUGCAUUCUGUUGGUGAUUCCUGUUCUUCUCAACUUGGGGAUUUCUGCGAGGGGGAGUUUCCCUUCAGUUGAGCAGCGGAGAUGAGGCUGACUGUUCGUGUGAUCGAGGCCCGCAACCUGCGGGCCAUGGAUUCGAACGGGUUCAGCGAUCCGUACGUGAAGCUGCAGCUCGGGAAGCAGCGAUUCAAGACCAAGGUGAUCAAGAUGAACCUGAACCCGACUUGGGAUCAGGAGUUCAGCUUCCUCGUCGGCGAUGUCAGAGAUGUGCUCAAGCUUGAUGUCUAUGACGAGGACAUCCUCCGGAUGGAUGACUUCCUGGGGCAGCUGAGGGUGCCAUUAGAGGAUGUGCUGGCAGCCGAAGACCUAUCGCUUGGUACCCAAUGGCACCAGCUUCUUCCGAAGGGCAAAACCGACAAGGCGGUCGAUUGUGGGGAGAUUUGUGUAUCAAUAUCUUUAGAAUCAGCUGGAGCCACACGAUCAUGGUCUGACGACCUUGCAGCUGAAUUAACUGAUAGAGAGAGAGAUUAUUCAUUGUCAAGCCAAAGCACAGCUCCAUCUAUUGCAUUAGCUUAUCGAGAAACUGAAACUUGUAAAGAAGAUAGUAUCAAUGAAUAUUCUGAUGGGUCUGAAACCCCUGCAGAGGAUAAAUGUAGUGAAGUUACUGACAGAAGUCAAGCUGCAACAGAGGAGAGGUCAAAAGGGAAUUCUAAUGCAGCUUUGAAUGGAACAGAAACUUCUAGUUCUAAAACUGAUAAACCAUCAUUUGUCGAUCGUGUCUGCCAAAUAUUUGCUAAAAAAAAUGGCGAUGUGGUGACAACCUCCUUGGGGAGUGUCGAGGCUUCAGAAGAAGUUCAAGAUGAACCAAGAGGAUUUGAGAUUCCGAUAAGCCAAAAUGAUAGUGCAUGCCCUGAGGCUACAUUCAGUGAACUACUGAAAUCUCUCGAAUCACGGCAUGAAGGAGUUGAGAUGCCUGUAAAUCUACAAGGAAUUCUUGUUAACCAGUCAUAUCUUGCCUCACCUAGUGAUCUGAAUAACCUUCUCUUCUCACCAGAUUCAGAUUUUAAACAAACAAUGGUUGAGCUUCAAGGUUGUACUGAUUUCAAAACUGAACCCUGGAGGCUUGAUAAUGAUGGAGAGUCCUUGAAGAGAGUGGUAACUUACACAACUGCACCAUCGAAAUUGGUUAAAGCCGUUCGAGCAACAGAGGAGCAAUCUUAUUUGAAGGCUGAUGGAAAAGAGUAUGCAGUUUUGUUGAGUGUAAGCACCCCUGAUGUUCCUUGUGGUACAUAUUUUCGGACAGAAAUUCUUUUCCGAAUCAUGCCAGGCCCUGAACUUGAUUCUCAGCAACAGACGUCACAUUUGGUAAUUUCUUGGCGCAUGAAUUUUCUUCAGAGUACUAUGAUGAAAGGUAUGAUAGAAAAUGGUGCAAGGCAAGGCUUGGAGCAAAACUAUGCACAGUUUUCGGAUUUACUAUCACAAAAGAUAAAGCCUGUUGAUGUAGAAGGUUCUGGAUCUGACAAAGACCAGGUCUUAGCCUCUUUGCAAGGGGACCAGGAAUCUGAUUGGAAGAUAGCAUUUCUGUACUUCUGCAACUUCGGUGUCUUAUCCUCCCUUUUUGUGUCUAUUUACGUUGUUCUGCAUGUUUUAAAAGUGAAAUCAAGUUCUGUUCAAGGCCUUGAAUUCACAGGAUUAGAUCUGCCAGAUUCGCUCAGUGAAAUUGUCAUGGGAGGGCUGUUGUUUCUUCAAGUGCAGAGCAUACUUAAGAAAAUUACAUGUUUUGUUCAAGCAAGAGGACAAAAAGGUGGUGAUCAUGGUGUAAAAGCACAAGGUGAUGGAUGGUUGUUAACGGUUGCUUUAAUUGAGGGAAUCAAAUUGGCGCCAGUAGAUGCUACUGGUUUCUCUGAUCCUUAUGUGGUAUUUACUUGCAAUGGCAAAACAAAAACAAGUUCAAUCAAGUUCCAAACACUUGAACCUCAGUGGAACGAAAUAUUUGAAUUUGAUGCAAUGGAUGAUCCGCCAUCAGUGAUGAGUGUACAUGUGUAUGAUUUUGAUGGACCGUUUGAUGAAGUUACGUCCCUUGGACAUGCGGAAAUUAACUUUGUAAAAUCAAACUUAUCAGAGUUAGCUGAUUUAUGGGUUCCUCUUAAAGGUAACUUGGCCCAGUCUUGGCAGUCCAAAUUGCAUCUGAGGAUUUUCCUGAACAAUUCAAAGGGGACUGGCAUGGUCACCGAGUAUCUGAGCAAAAUGGAGAAAGAGGUUGGUAAGAAGAUGACAUUGAGGUCUCCUCGGACCAAUACUGCAUUCCAGGAGCUGUUCUCUCUGCCAGCAGAAGAAUUUCUCAUCAGCAGUUUCACAUGCUACUUGAAGAGGAAAUUGCCUACACAGGGUCAUCUUUUCUUAUCUCCAAGAACAAUUGGGUUUUAUUCAAGCAUGUUUGGGAGGAAAACAAAAUUUUACUUUCUGUGGGAGGAUAUUGAAGACAUACAAGGAAUACCUCAAUCAAUAUCAUCAUGGAGCCCAUCCGUUGUAAUAACUCUUCACAGAGGUAGAGGCAUGGAUGCAAAGCAUGGUGCAAAGAGCAUGGACAACGGAAAGCUUAAGUUCUGCCUGCAGUCUUUUGCAUCAUUUAGUGUAGCCCAUAGGACAAUAAUGGCAUUAUGGAAAGCAAGAUCUUUGAGCACGGAGCUUAAAGUACAGCUUGCUGAAGAACAGUCCCAAACUAACAGCCUUCAGAGUGAGGACAGUGGGAUAUUUGUUGGUAUUGAGGAUGCCAAGGGCCUUCAGAUGACUGAAGUUUUCUCCUCAACCAUUUCAACCAAUAUGGCCUCACUUAUGGAGGUGUUCGAAGGGGGUUCUCUGGAAAUGAAGGUAAUGGAGAAAGUUGGAUGCCAGAAAUACUCGGCUACACAGUGGGAAUCAGAUAAACCCAAUGAGUAUCAACGACAAAUUCAUUACAAGUUUAGCAAGAAGCUGUCUCCCGUUGGUGGAGAAGUCACAGGAACACAGCAGAAAUCUCCUAUGCCCAAUAAGAAAGGGUGGAUUAUUGAAGAGGUGAUGGAGCUCCAAGGAGUCCUUCUUGGUGACUUCUUUACGCUUCAUAUAAAGUACCAAAUCGAGGACCUUGCACCUAAGCAAAGGGCAAGCAACGUCCAAGUUUUCCUUGGGAUCGAAUGGUCAAAGAGCACCAGGCAUCAGAAGCGAAUCGAGAAGAAUGUUCUUUCAAGUUCAUCCGCUCGCCUCAAAGAGAUGUUCAACGUGGCAUCAAGGGAGCUCUCACAUGCCAGAUAGGGCCACCCUUGAUCUCUCACCAUCCCUGUGCAUAAUACUAAUUGGUGAGACGGUGACUGAACAUUUCCUAACACUGGCAUGGCCUGUAGAUACAUUGCGUGGCUGAAGAUACACACAGACAGCAACUGAUUCCGAUUGUUGAUACACAGAGACAGCAAUGGAUUCUGAUUGUUGCGUUGGCAGGAUACUGCAGACCACCGCUGCUGUCAAAUUUUUUGGUGAACCUAGGUUGGUGCCCAUCCUCCACCAGUUUGUUGUACUUGCUCAAAUAUAGCUGAAGUCUGCAGAGGUUGCAGAACUUGGAUACCGGUAUACCACACAAAGGUCUACCAACCAUACCAGCAUAAGCAUGGACUUGGGUCACAUAGUAGGAUAGCUCAAUAGACAGUAGCUCUAUGAUCGGCUUGCAAGUUCUUUUUUCUGCUGUAUUGCCUGAAACAGAUAGUUCUGAUUCUUUUGUCCACAUGUUGAACUGUACAAAUCCGAGAAUAAGUUGAUGGAAAUAAAGCUGUGAAGUUUACAGCCU